CCAUCGCUAAGCCCUUUCUUUAACCUAGUCGUCGUCAUUCAAUCUCCAUCAUUAUCACUCAGUUCGAAGCUCUUGGCGAAGAAGAUGAACGCGAUAGCGAAGCGAGUUACGGAAGUGGUGACUCGGUGGAGUCAGAACCAGCUGCAGCAGGAGAGAGGGAUAAGGGUGAAGGUGUUCUCGGGGGAUCUGGACAAGGCGCUGACGAUACUGCAGAGGAAGAUGCAGUCGAGCGGGAUGGAGAGGCUGAUAAAAGCGCAGCAGACGCAUCACAUCAAAAACUCGGAGAAGAAGGUUCUCGCUAGGAAGAACCUUGAACGCAAGAUCAAAUCCAUUGACUUUGCUCGCAAACUCCAGUCCAUCCUCAUUAAGAAAGUCAGAGGUCUAUGAGGGCUGGGCGGUGUUGCUAUAAACAUUCGUCAUCUUUCUCUACAUUACAUUUUCGGGGAAUGAAUCUUUGAUCAGUGCUAGUAUCUGUGAUAAUAUAUCAACAGUUAUUUUUGAUUAAUGAAAUCAUUUUGGAAUUGGUAUAAUCCUGGAUCACUGUUAGUUGUUUACUCUAUAAAUAAUGUUUUUUUCUAUGAUCAACUUCAGAUUCAUGAAGUACAUUUACU